AUGACUUACAACGGCAUCCCAAACCCGUCCCUCCAGGUCACCAAGGACCACACCCUCGAAAUCAAGGAGGCCCCCGUCGAGCGGCCCGGCGCAGGCGAGGCCCUCGUCCACAUCAAGGCUACCGGUAUCUGUGGCUCGGACGUUCAUUUCUGGAAGCACGGCCAAAUUGGCGAGCUCAAGGUCCUCGGAAACUGUGUUUUGGGCCACGAAGCUGCCGGCGAGGUGGUCGAGAUCGGCGAAGGCGUCACGAACGUGAAAGUCGGCGACAGAGUGGCCAUCGAGCCGCAGAUGCCGUGCGGCCAAUGUUUCCUGUGUCUCCAGGGAGACUACAAUCUGUGCGAGGAAGUGGACUUUCUGUCUGUCUAUCCGUGCCACGGCACAAUGCAGCGGUUCAGAAAGACCAAGGCCACCACGCUCUUCAAGAUUCCCGCCAGCAUGACGUUUGAGGAAGGCGCUCUGUGCGAGCCGCUCAGCGUGGCCUACCACGGGAUCGAGCGCGCAGAGCUCGAGCUGGGCCGUGGAGCCAUGAUCUGCGGAGCCGGCCCCAUCGGUCUUGCCACGCUCGUGCUGGCCAACGCGAGCGGAGCCGCUCCGCUCGCGAUCUCCGAUCUGUCGGCAGAACGCCUUGCGUUUGCGAAAAAACUCGUUCCAAGAGUCCAAACGUACCAGAUCGACCCGAAGCUGAGCCCGCAGCAGAACGCGAUUGGCGUCCGGAAACUUUUCGGGCCAACAGAGGAGGACGCGCCGCCAAGAGUGCUCGAGUGCACGGGUGUCGAGAGCAGCAUUGUCACCGGAGCCUACAUCGUGAGACGGAGCGGCACGCUGAUGGUGAUUGGCGUGGGCAGAGACAUCAUCAACAACUUCCCGUUCAUGCACUUGUCUCUGGGAGAGGUGGACGUCAAGUUCAUCAACAGAUACCACCAGUCGUGGCCUGCGGUGAUCAGACUGAUCAGCGACGGCAUAGUUGACGUGCAGCAGUUUGUGACGCACCGGUUUCCGCUUGAGAAGGCGGACGAGGCAAUCAAGCUCUCGAGCGACCCGAAAAACGGCAGCAUCAAGGUCAUCAUCGAGGACCAGCUCCGUGUGCUGUAG